AUGCGCCCCCUGGCCCUUGUCGCCUCUUUGGCUUGUGCGCUGCUGGCGGCCCGUUGCAGAGGGCAAGAUUUUGACUUGGGAGAUGCACUUGGUACUGAUAAACCCACUGAAACUCAGCGUCCUGGAAGUCGUCCCGGAGGUCAUGACAACGCUGGAGGUCACUAGGAGUCCUACCCAGGGGGAAGAGGGUUCAGUGAUUCUGACUUAUUUGAUGGGACACUGCCUCCGCAAAAGCCAGGGGGCCGUGCUUCUAAUCCUUCUGCAGGUGGGCAGGGUGGAGAUUCCAACACUGGUGAAGGUGCUGCUGAAGGAGGCGGAAUGCUAGCUGGCAUUAUUAGCUCAGUUGCAGUAGCAGUGGUUGGAGCUGUGUCGAGCUUCAUAGCUUACCAGAAGAAGAAGCUCUGCUUUAAACAAAGUGAUCAAGAGAAUGUUAAUAUGGAAAGCCAACAAGGAGCACAAUGUGAGCCACCUGUUCAGCGCACUCUUUUGGAGAAAUCAUAAUGGAAUUUAAAGAAAAGACCAGCAAAACUGGAUGGAAAAUAUGCAUGUUCACCUGACAAGUACCACAACGUGCCAACAGCGAAACAUGGAGCUGUAAAAGAGACUUAAAAU